CACUAUCUUCUCAUCUCAUAACCUAGCUUAUAAUAAUUAAAAACAUAAAAUGGGCAGUAAUUAUGCUGCAGCUUGCGCGUGUGUGUGGUUGAUGCUGCUGCUGCUCAAUUUUUCAGCUGCCAUUCCGAAUUCGACAAACGAAGCAGAAGCGUGCGUCAAUGGCGGCGGCAUCACAUUGAGCUUCGAUUUCUACCUGAGCAGCUGCCCCGAGGCGGAAGCCAUCGUGUUUUCGUGGGUGGAGAAGGCCGUCUCCGACGACCCUCGCAUGGCCGCUUCGCUGCUUCGUCUCCAUUUCCACGACUGCUUCGUUAACGGAUGCGAUGCAUCGGUGUUGCUGGACGACACGGCGGCGAUGGUCGGAGAGAAAUCUGCAGCUCCGAACGCGAACUCGCUGAGGGGAUUCGAAGUGAUCGACGCCAUUAAAGCUGAAGUCGAAUACUUCUGCCCUCAGACAGUUUCAUGUGCCGACAUUCUUGCGAUUGCGGCAAGAGAUGCCGUUGUUCUCUCGGGUGGGCCAGCGUGGGAGGUAGAAAUGGGGAGGAAAGACAGCUUGGUGGCGAGCAAAGCCGCCGCCAACAGCAACAUCCCGGGCCCCAGUUCGGAUCUGCCUACGUUGCUGUCCAAAUUCAACAGUGUCGGCCUCUCUCUACAGCAUCUCCUCGCGCUCUCCGGCGCGCACACCAUGGGGAAGGCGCGAUGCGCCACGUUCAGCGCCCGACUCGGCGGCGGCGGCGGCGACGUGAACCUCGAGUUCUUGCAGUCGCUGCAGCAGCUGUGCGCCGCCAACACGACGCUGGCGGACCUCGACCACGCGACGCCAACGGCGUUCGACAACCGGUACUUCGUCAACAUUCUCGCGGGGGAGGGCUUGCUGGCCUCCGACCAGGCUCUAGUCGGCGGAGUGGACGAUCAGGCACGUGGCGUCGUGGAAUCGUACGCGCGCGACGCUCGUGUUUUCUUCCAAGAUUUUGCGACGUCGAUGCUCGCGAUGGGAGCGUUGCAAAAUGGAGGUGCCGGAGAGAUUCGUCGGAAUUGCCGCGCCGUCAAUUAAAUCCUGCCGUGAAUCAAAUUAAAUAAAUCAAGCGUGUUAUGUUAUGUUAUGUUUAUGUAAUGUAUGUUGCUACUACUACUAGUGCUAGUGUAUAUCAUGUCUAGUGUGUUAGUUGUCCAAAACAAGGCCUUAAUGUAUUCACUAAUUCUCUCUCUUAUUUGUUGAGGCCAUGCUUUGAUUAAUUAAGUCCUGGCUAAGUUGUGAUUUAA